AUGGACUGUCAAGGGGAGGACAUCAAGAGAGCUUCUAGGGAGGGCAUGGGCGAAGGUGUUGGAAUCAAAAUACCAUCAGGGAGGGAGAUAGAUGGAAAAUAUUUGGAUGAGAAUGUGAAGGAGAUAGAGAAGGAGAUAGAGAAGUGGAAGAAAGAGUGGGAUGAAUGUGGAGUCACCAUCAUCGGUGGCACCAUGUAUUUCUUGAAGUCCAUCAAUGCGUCCGACAAAAUACAGGACCAUCAAUACUUGUUGAAGGAGAUCAGAGUAGUGGUCAUGAAAGUGGAGCCUCACAAUGUGGUUCAGCUUGUCACGGACAAUGGUUCGAACUACAAAAAAGCCUGCAAAAUUCUCUGUCAUGAGUUCCCUAACAUUGCAUGGCAGCCUUGCCUUGCCCAUACCAUCAACCUUAUGCUGAAGGACAUAGAGAAGUGGCCGGAGCAUGAUGCUUGUAUUCGAAGCGCGCAACGAAUUUGCAGCUGGCUCUACAACUCCAACAGUCUACACAGCAUGAUGAGGGAAGCCAUUGGUGGGGAGUUGGUCAAGUGGAAUGUAACAAGAUUUGGGACCAACUACAUGUUCCUUGAAAGCAUGUACAAGAAGAAGGACCAGUUCAUGACAUGGUUAGUGUCACCUGAGUUCCGACGGUCCCGCCACUUCAAUAGUGCAACUGGAAGGUACGCUUACGAAUGCAUGACAAGUAUUGAAUGGUGGGCGAAUAUGGAGUUGGUGAUCAAUGAUGUUGAGCCUCUGUACAUGUUUCUGAGAUUUGCUGACUCCGACAAGACACCUAAUUUGAGUGAGGUGACAAUGGAGUAUCAAAGCAUGAGGCAGACAUAUGCCAGCAAGUUCAGCAGUGACUGCCCCCAGUUUAAAAGGAUCAUGGCUGUGAUAGAUGCAAGGAUGAGCACAGUGAUGUCAGGCACCUAUAUGCCCACUGCUUGUGCUCUUAACCCUUACGUGCAGUACAGUUUGGGCACAUCACAGACAGUCAUGGCAAUAAUGCGCAAUGGUCUAGAGAAAAUGUUGAAUACUAAUUCUGUAGCAAUUGCUUUGCAGGAAUUUGAAACAUUCAGGACGAAGCAAGGUGAGUUCUCUAGUGACAUUGCUAGGCGAAUGGCCAUUGACCGUAGAACUUCACCAGCUGCUUGGUGGGCUACAUUUGGGGGAGAUACACCAGUGUUGGAAAGGGUCGCCCGAUGCUUGUUGUCGCAGUGUGCAGCCUCUAGUGGAUGUGAAAGGAACUGGAGCACCUUUGCAUACAUCCACACCAAACUGCGCAACAGGUUGAGCCACCAGAAAUUGGACAAAUUGGUCUUUGUAAACUACAACCUCCGCUUGCGUCUGCAACGUGCUACUAGGGUGGUCGAUCCAUAUGACUAUGAUCCAGUUAGCAGUUUCAUGGAUCUUUCUUUGUACCAGCAGUCGUCAGUAAUUUAA